AUGGACGCGCAAUCGCACAAGCCUCAUCGAGCGGCCAAAGAAAAGAAGCAACAUUCGGGUGAUCGUAACCCAAAGGCUUUUGCCUUCUCCAAUCCCGGAAAGCUCGCCAGGCAGGCUGCUAGAUCUGGUGAUAUCAAGGAGAAGCGCCUCCAUGUGCCUCUCGUCGAUCGUCUGCCCGAGGAGGCUCCUCCGCGUCUCGUCACCAUUGUUGGUCCUCCGGGAGUUGGCAAGACUACACUUCUCAAGUCCUUGAUCCGUCGAUAUGCGAAAGAAACCCUAUCCGAGCCGCAAGGCCCCAUCACCGUCGUCACGUCCAAGAAGCAACGACUCACUUUCGUCGAAUGUCCGAACGAGCUCGAGGCAAUGGUCGACAUGGCCAAGGUUGCAGAUAUCGUGUUGCUCAUGAUUGAUGGAAACUUUGGCUUUGAGAUGGAGACCAUGGAAUUCCUCAACGUUUUGUCGGCGACGGGUAUGCCUGGUAACAUCUUUGGCGUUUUGACGCAUCUUGACCUCUUCAGGAAGCCGCAAGCUCUGAAAGAUGCCAAAAAGCGCCUCAAGCAUCGACUUUGGCGCGAAUUGUACCAAGGCGCACAUCUGUUCUACCUGUCUGGUGUCAUCAACGGACGUUACCCCGAUCGAGAAAUUCACAACUUGUCUCGUUUCCUUUCCGUCAUGAAGAACCCUCGACCCUUGAUCUGGAGAAACUCCCACCCUUACACCAUCAUUGAUAGCUUCCGCGACGUGACGCACCCGAACCAAAUCGAGGCGGACGAAAAGUGCGACAGAACGAUUGCACUGUCUGGUUAUCUACGCGGUACCAACUUUUCCGCCGAAGGUCAACGAGUGCAUAUUCCAGGUCUUGGAGACUUCAACGUCAAGGCUGUCGAGACUCUACCCGAUCCAUGCCCUACCCCACAAAUGGAACAGGCCGUGGCCAAGGCAACUGGCAAACCCGCGAGGCGGCGACUUGACGAAAAGGAGAAGAAGCUACACGCUCCCAUGUCUGACCGAAGCGGACUAAAGAUUGAUGGCGAUGCCAUCUGGAUUACCCGAGAAAAAGGUUUCACUUUCAACAAGGACGCGGCUGAUGCCGAGCGUGGCGAGGGAGAAGAGCUCAUUGUUGGACUUCAGGGUGAGCGCCGGCUACUGGGUCAGACAGAGGACGGUAUGCAACUGUUCCACGGAGGCGAGAAAAUUACUGCCGUGCCAGAGGAAGAAGAUACUGGCAGGAAAACACAAAGAACUGCCAGAUUUGCUGAAAGGGAGGAGGAUGAAGACCUUCCGGAUGAUGAAGGCUUCGUGAGUGGAGAGGACGACGAAGCCAAUUCGGAAGAGGACGAAUUCGACGAAGGCAAGCUGGGCAAGAUGUUCCGCCAGGAUGCCGACAAGAAUGGAGACGAGGAUGAUGUUGCUUUUGCGGACAGCGACUCUGACUUCGGCUCGCUGUCUGGAGAUGAAGAUCCCGAGGGAUCGGACUCGGAGGACGACUUUGACGAUGACGACGAAGAAGCGGCUGCCUUGCGCUGGAAAGAAAACAUGACAGAGAGGGCACAAAAGCUGCAUGGCGGCCGUCGUUCAUACCGCACUGGUGAUCUGGCUCGGAUGAUGUAUGACGAAUCAAUCACUGCUGAAGAAGUUCUCCGAAGAUGGAAGGGCGAAGUCGAGGCCGAGGAAGAAGAAGACAUUGAGGCUGAUUCCGAUGAUGACGAGUUCUUCAAGAAGACCAAGCAGGAGACCGAUGAUGUCUCUGCCGAUGAUCGGUCGGUACCAGUAUACGACUAUCAACAGCUCGCCGCGAAAUGGUCGGUUUCUGAUAAUGUUGAACUACUCCGUCAACGGUUUACCACGGCAACCCUUAAUGAUGCUGAUGGUGAUGGGGGCGAUGAUGAGUUCUCCGGCUUUGAUGAAGACGACGAGGGUGAUGGAGAGUUUGAAGAUCUUGAGACUGGGGAGAAGCAUGGUGGCGCUCCUGAAGCUCAGCCUGCAGAGAGUCUCGAGGACGAACGUGCCAAGAAUGCUCGUCGCAAGGAAGAGCUCAAAUUACGUUUCGAAGAGGAAGAUAGGGAAGGGUUUUCCAACGACAAGGCGAAUGCUCGCCGAGAAGCUGGCAACAAUGCAGAUGAGUUUGGCGAGGAUGAGUGGUACGAUGCCCAAAAGGCAUUGAUACAGAAACAACUCGACAUCAACCGUUCUGAAUUUGAUGCUCUCGAUGAAAGACAGCGAGCUGCAGUCGAGGGUUUCAAGGCUGGCAAAUAUGCCAAGCUCGUCAUUGAAGGCGUUCCCGCUGAAUUUGUGCAAAACUUCAAUGCAAGCCUGCCGGUUAUCGUUGGUGGUUUGGCACCGACGGAAGACAGAUUUGGCUUUGUCCAAGUUAGAAUCAAGCGUCACAGAUGGCACAAGAAGAUUCUGAAGACAAACGACCCCUUGAUCUUUUCACUGGGCUGGAGACGAUUCCAGACAAUGCCCAUUUACAGCAUAUCGGACUCGCGAACGAGGAACCGUAUGCUCAAGUACACGCCUGAGCACAUGCAUUGUUUUGCAACGGUGUACGCUCCGCUGAUUGCUCCAAACACUGGUUUUGUCUGUUUCAACUCGUUUGACUCAUCCAACCCAGGCUUCCGUAUUGCAGCCACUGGCACUGUCCUCAGCGUGGACGAGUCUACUGAGAUUGUCAAGAAGCUCAAAUUGACUGGUGUGCCCGCCAAGGUCUACAAGAACACGGCCUUUAUCAAGGACAUGUUCAACUCGUCUCUUGAAAUUGCCAAAUUCGAAGGCGCGGCCAUCAAGACAGUCAGUGGCAUCAGAGGUCAAAUCAAGCGCGCUCUCAGCAAGCCUGAGGGGCAUUUCCGAGCCACAUUCGAGGACAAGAUUCUCAUGAGCGACAUUGUCUUUUUGCGCGCCUGGUUCCCCAUCAAGCCGCACCGCUACUACAACGUGGUGACGAACCUGGUCGGUGGCUGGCAUGGCAUGCGACUGACGGGUGAGGUGCGCCGAGACCAAGGUCUUGCCACUCCUCAGGACAAGAACAGCAAGUACCGCAAGAUUGAACGACAGGCUCGCCACUUUAACCCUCUCAAGGUGCCACGUGCUCUGGCCGCUUCUCUGCCUUACAAGUCGCAGAUUGUCCAAAUGAAGCCCCAGCGACACACCACGUACAUGCAGAAGCGUGCCGUGGUCCUUGGCGGCGAAGAGAAGAAGGCUCGCGACCUUUUGCAAAAGAUCACUACCAUCCGUAAAGACACGGAAGCCAAGCGGAAAGUCAAGAAGGACGAGAACCGAGCCAAGUUCCGCAAGAGAAUGGAGGAUAUGAAUGACAAGAAGGAGGCUCGCGAGAAGAGGGAAAAGAAGGAAUACUGGGAGCGGGAAGGCAAGAAGCGCAAGGCUGGUGACGAGGGUGGUGGCGGUAAACGCAGGAGGUAG